UAUACAGAACAUACCCAAUCCUCACACGCAACGGAGCGGCAGGAGAACCCUCCAUUGUAUGCAGCGUGCUUCAUCAUCAUUGCAACACAAUGGACAUGGCGAAGCUCUAUGGAAAGAAACUUGAGAUGGCUUUGGGAUUGGAGCGGGCGUAAUACAUCGCCUUCCCGCCGGAUACACAGCAGGUGGCAGAUGCAUUGAAAGCUUGGAUAACGACGAUGAGACCUGAUUGCAAGGUCUACGACAACGCCACGGAAGGUUCCCUGGACGAAUUCGACAAGAUGUCUGAAGCCACUGGGACAAGCGGCAGGAUCUUUGUGCACGAUACUGAAUCAAUGAACGUUUACAUCCAUUUCCAUCACUUGCGGGAGAGGAUUCGUAACGGAACGCAGAUCUGGAGUAUACCCAGGUUGACGUUAGAAUGGCCUACAUUUGCCCCUAUCUUCGACGGCAAAUUGCGCGGAUGCACCCUUACGCGUUUGUUCCCACCUAGAAGCGCGGUCCAUAUGCCACUGAGCCUGGUCGAAGAACAGCCCUUUUUUGCCGAUGAGAUCCUUCGAUGGCUGCUGACUGGGCCGAAUCCUCAGUGUGGAACCACUGCUGCUGGUGCGUUCAGGCUGGUUCUUGCUCCACAUUUCAUGGACCAGGUCUUUGAACUGGCAUCGUCCAAGGCACGAGAGAGAUUUGCAUUCGAAAAGUCCUACCAAGGAGAGUCUCUGGAAGAGGACUUGGAAAAAGCUGGAUUGGGUCGGGCGCAAUGCAACUUGAGGUUUCAGAUGUAUUGUGAUCUUCGCAGACACGGAGUCAGAAAUCUCAAAGCUGCUGUAGAGCCGGACAGCAAUGACAAUGUAAAGUCUGACGGUUUCGAGUCUGAUGACAUCCUCGAGUCAGAGUACGACAAGGAUACCGGCCCAAUUUACUACAUCCCAACGCGCUACAAGGGGAAUCUGCACAUGCAAAGGGAUCACUUUGCUGGGUGGGCGCUGUUAAAUCUUCAGAACUUUGGGAAGUUCAUAGUGCUUGGACCACUCCUGUUCGAGGAACAUCGCGAGAGGUGGCAACACGUGGAUUUUGUGGAGAACCAAGAGGAUGUUCGAACAUACCUAGGCAUGGGGUCUCACCGAAGAUGAUGGAGCCUUUGUGGAUGGAUGGUCCCAUAGUGGAUUCUUCAGGUUGAAGGUCGGGGUUGGUUUCCACAAUUUCAGAAGUGAGGCGAGGAUAUACGAAUAGUCUCUCAAACUCUACAUCAAGGUUGAUUGAAUACUUUUCCCCUGGGUUGCUCUGCUGUAUCUUUAUGACAAGUAGUUUUAGUGUUUUAUCGAAUUAUGACUUUGGGCUUGUUAGAAUCGUG